AUGCGCCCGACCGUCCUCGCCGCGCUCCCGUACCCAAUGCAAGUAAUCGUAGGCCUGAUCGCGUACCGCAAGAACUCAGCGGCGUUGCAGGGGCAGGGGACGGGGCGAUACACGCCUGAGGAGUUGACGGAGUUGAAGAAGGAGGUCUGGGACAGCAUCAACGCGCUCCUGUCCGCCUCGAAAAAGAAAGGCGGCAAGGGGAAAGAAGGACUUUUCUGGCUCCUGGGCGGCGAAGGCCCGACAGAGGUGGACGCGACGUUGUAUGGGUUUGUAGCUAGCGCGCUGGUUUGUGCUGCUUCCCCAGAAACGAUGAGCAUAGUGAAAUCCUACCCCACCAUCAUGGACUACGCCAACCGCGUCCACAAGCGCUAUUUCCCCGACUACGAGAAAUGGGAAUGA